AUGAUGCCAGUUCGCUUAUUUGUGUUCUUCAUUUCUUUGUCUUUUGGGUGUGUCCUUCAUAAUAUAACACUCUCCGCGGGUUUGAACAGCAUUCCCCUCAAUCUUAAAGUAACAGAGAAAAUCCAAAUAUUCCACGAAGACUACACAACAUCAUACCUUCAAGUCUUUAUCGCACAACAAGAAGUGGUAGUGGAGUCCACAAGGAGUUUGGAUAUUUCAUAUUGUGUUAUUGAUAACAAUGAAAACUACAAAUGCCCAGAGUGUCCUUAUGAUUGCUCUCUAGAAUAUGGAGAAUGCACUAAACUCACGCCGAAGGGUGUUGGGACAUUCACAUUUGACACAUUUUUGGACUUAUUGAUGCCAACGAAGAGUGUUGUCAUCUUUUGUGUGUUUGGAGCGAUAGUAGUCGUUUCGAUCUGUAUGAUCUGCACGAUGACUUGUAGAUUUGUCGAUUGUUUCACAGACAUUAUGUGCAACAAGGCGAAGCAAGAGAAGAAGAAGUUUGAAAAACAAAUGCUUGAAAACAUGAAGGAGAAAGACAAGCACCGAACCAUCGAACUUACUUUAAAUUGA